UUCCCUAGCAACCCAUUCUUCCGUCCGUACAUCCGUUCGUCCGUCCUGUAUCUGUAUGUGUUGUCGACUAGCUUGGACUCGUUGUGCGCUGGCUACGUGUGAAAUGUGUAUGUUUACUCUAAAUACGUCGGAAUCUUUAUCGUUGGAUAACGCGACGGCGUGAAAAUGGCGAUGUGAAAAAAAUGGCAGGACGCAGGUCGACAUUGGCGAACGCAGACUCGCUGCCGGGCACAGGCACAGGUACGGGCGGCGGCGGCGGCGGCGGUGGCAGUGGCAGCGGCAGCGGUGGUUGUGGUGGCGGCGGCGGUGGCGGCGGCGGCGUUGGUGGUGGUGGUGGUGGUGGCGGCGGUGGCGGCGGUGGCGAUCCGCUCCGUGAACUCUUCGAAGCUUGCAAGACCGGCGAUCUCGCCAAGGUAAAGGCAUUGGUCACCCCGAAGACAGUCAACGCCCGCGACACCGCUGGACGGAAGUCUACCCCUCUGCACUUUGCAGCUGGAUAUGGUAGAAAGGAAGUUGUUGAAUUUCUCUUAUCUGCUGGCGCAUCAAUUCAGGCACGUGACGAUGGUGGUCUACAUCCACUGCACAAUGCAUGUUCAUUUGGACAUUCUGACGUCGUGAGAUUACUCUUGGAAGCAGGAGCAAGCCCAAACACGAGGGAUAAUUGGAAUUACACACCUUUGCAUGAAGCAGCCAUCAAGGGUAAAAUAGACGUAUGUAUUGCUCUGCUACAGCACGGAGCAGACGUAAACAUUAGGAAUACAGAAGGAAAGACUGCGUUAGAAUUGGCUGAUCCCGCCACUAAGCCGGUUCUAACCGGAGAGUAUAGAAAAGAUGAGCUCUUAGAAGCUGCUCGAUCCGGAAACGAGGAACGACUAUUGCAACUGUUGAAUCCCCUGAAUGUCAAUUGUCACGCUAGUGACGGCAGGAGAUCUACACCUUUGCAUCUAGCGGCUGGAUAUAACAGAUCCAGAGUUGUACAGAUUCUUCUUCAAAACGGCGCGGACGUACAUGCAAAGGACAAAGGAGGUCUCGUACCACUUCACAAUGCCUGUUCGUAUGGCCAUUUCGAAGUGACCGAGGCUCUUCUGAAACACGGUGCCGCCGUUAACGCCAGUGAUCUUUGGACGUUUACUCCGCUGCAUGAGGCUGCGAGUAAAUCUAGAGCGGAAGUUUGUUCUUUGUUGUUAAGCGAAGGCGCAGAUCCGAUGCAAUUGAACUGCCAUAGUAAAAGCGCCAUCGACGUAGCACCGACGCUCGAAUUGCAAGAAAGACUUGCCUACGAAUAUAAAGGCCACUGCCUAUUGGACGCCUGCAGGCAAGCAGAUCUUACCAAGUUAAAGAAAUAUCUGUCCCAAGAAGUCGUCAACUUCAAACAUCCUUACACCGGGGAUACACCGUUGCAUUGCGCAGUGGCGUCACCUUAUCCGAAAAGGAAGCAAGUCAUCGAGGCCCUGAUCAGAAAGAAUGCUGCCAUGAACGAGAAGAACAAGGACUUCCUUACACCGCUUCACGUAGCGACCGAUCAUUCGCAUUACGAUGCGAUGGACAUAUUACUUAGACAUAAUGCGAAAGUCAACUCGCUAGACGGCUUAGGCCAGACUGCACUGCAUAGGUGCGUUAGAGAGGAUAACGUGCAGGCCUGCCGAAUACUUUUGCUGUAUAAUGUCGAUCCUUCGAUAGUGUCGCUUCAAGGGUACACCGCGGCACAAAUCGCCGCCGAAAACGUGUUGAAGAUAUUGCAAGAUCCGCCUAGCGGCACCGACGACGCAGAAGCGCAACUGCUGGAAGCGAGUAAGUCGGGCGACCUCGCCGCGGUAGAGAGAAUUUUGCAAGCCAAUCCACACGCUGUGAAUUGUCGCGAUUUGGAUGGGAGGCAUUCGACUCCGCUGCACUUUGCAGCGGGUUUCAAUAGAGUGCCGGUUGUGGAAUAUCUGUUAGCACAUGGCGCGGACGUGCAUGCCAAGGACAAAGGUGGGUUAGUUCCUCUUCACAAUGCUUGCUCUUAUGGACAUUAUGAAGUUACGGAAUUACUAGUGAAGCACGGUGCGUCGGUAAACGUUGCCGAUUUAUGGAAAUUUACACCGCUCCACGAAGCGGCCGCUAAAGGCAAGUAUGAAAUAGUUCGAUUACUCUUGAGGCACGGAGCGGAUGCCACUAAAAAGAAUCGAGAUGGCGCAACGCCGUUAGAUUUGGUGAGAGAUGGUGACCAGGACGUAGCGGAUUUGUUGCGUGGAAAUAGCGCUCUUCUUGACGCCGCAAAGAAAGGAAACUUGGCUCGAGUUCAGAGAUUAGUUACACAAGACAACAUUAAUUGCCGGGAUGCGCAAGGUCGUAACAGUACUCCAUUACACUUAGCUGCGGGAUACAAUAACCUGGAAGUAGCUGAAUUCUUACUCGAACGCGGAGCAGAUGUAAAUGCACAAGACAAAGGCGGUCUUAUCCCUUUGCAUAACGCGUCGAGUUAUGGUCACUUGGACAUUGCAGCCUUGCUUAUUAAAUACAAUACUGUAGUGAAUGCAACUGACAAAUGGGGAUUUACACCACUUCACGAAGCCGCGCAGAAAGGUAGAACGCAGCUAUGUGCCCUUCUGCUCGCGCAUGGUGCCGACCCUUUCCUAAAAAAUCAGGAAGGGCAGAGUCCGGUGGAUCUAGCCAGUGCAGACGAUGUAAGGUGUUUAUUGCAAGACGCAAUGGCUUCUCAACAGGUCGUCCCUUCGGUACCUUCCGGUAACAUGGUCAGCAGUACUGGCGGCAGUUCUGUCACCAGUAGACCGCCCAGUAUCGUAUCUGUUCCGGUCACACCACCACCGCCUCUCACUCAAGAAACAGUCAUCAUGCCGUCCGGCGCAGCUAUGAUUCUGUGUGUGCCAUUGGCACGACCGACAUCGUGUCUAAGUCCGAUGCCGCCGAGUGAGCCGUGCCUCGAGAAAGAAUCUAAGGAACUGUGUAAGGAACAUAACAGUUCCAUCACCACUGUCGCCGGCUUCUUGCAAAGUCUCGGUCUGGAACACUUGCUCGAAUUGUUCGAACGCGAACAAAUUACAUUAGAUAUACUGGCAGAAAUGGGUCACGAAGAUUUAAAACAAGUCGGAGUAUCAGCUUAUGGUUACCGACACAAAUUGAUCAAAGGUAUGGACAAGCUAUUGAACACGGCAGCGGGCUCUCUUUGGCAGCCGUCUAUAAAUCCUGGCACAUUGCUGGUGGAUUUACUAGCCGAGGAUAAGGAAUUUCUAGCCGUUGAGGAGGAAAUGCAGAGUACCAUCAGACAACACAGAGAUAACGGCCAUUCUGGCGGUAUCUUCUCUCGAUACAACAUAGUCAGAAUACAAAAAGUUCAGAACCGCAAGUUGUGGGAACGUUACGCUCACAGGAGACAGGAAGUAGCUGAGGAAGUCGGCGCUGCCGCUCCAGCUUCUCCCAGUACAGGACUCAGGAACACACCAAGCUCGGCAGUGCCGCAAGCGAACGAGAGAAUGCUGUUUCACGGUAGUCCGUUCAUCAAUGCUAUCGUACAGAAGGGCUUCGAUGAACGACACGCAUACAUCGGUGGCAUGUUCGGCGCUGGUAUAUAUUUCGCGGAACACAGUAGCAAGAGCAAUCAAUAUGUCUAUGGUAUAUGCGGUGGCACCGGGUGUCCCGCACAUAAAGACAGGAGCUGUUACAUUUGUCACAGGCAUUUGCUACUAUGUAGAGUUACGCUCGGCAAAUCGUUCCUACAAUUCUCAGCGAUGAAAAUGGCACACGCACCUCCCGGGCACCAUAGUGUAAUGGGCAAGCCGUCGCAGGGUGGCUUGGUAUUUCCCGAAUAUGUCGUCUACAGAGGCGAACAAGCAUAUCCUGAGUAUCUCAUCACGUACCAGAUUGCAAGACCACAGCAAGAAACUAGCGGUAGCGAAGGCGUCGAGGAACGGUGAUCGGAAGAGCCGGCGGGCCCUGCGGCAAGAUUACGUAGUCUCUGUUGCUGUCAGAGGCCGAGAGCAUGCGGCGCAUUAUCGCGUGCGUAAGUUGCGCUCGAGCCGCCCCGAAUUUGAAUUCGUCUAACACUAGUUCUUCCAUUUUUAACUGAAAGAGUGAAACCUGCAAAAAUAACGCGUAGACAAGAGAUACGCAUCUAUAGAAUAUUUUACUCCAAGAACUUCGCGCAAUAUAUCUCAACUAUUUAAUAGAAGAGAAAAGAAACGGCCACUGUAAAAUACCUUAUUUUCAGCACUUGUUGUGAUCUUGUAAUAUUCAAAAUUAGUCAAUCUACCUGUCAAAUCCACUCAUCAUAGACGCUUAUAUUGGAAAUGUACAUUGAUCAAGAUGUAAAUAUCGAUACAUAAAUUGCAGUACAUCUCUUACAUCACACUUGAUGUCGAUUAGUGUAUUCGUAAAGUUAGUCAGUAUUACGAAGAAGAUCGAAAAUGUAUUCCUGUAGAUUUGUAACAAAAACUAAUUUAUGUCAAGGUACAUUAUGAUGUAUGACAUUUGGGAGGGUAAAAGCAAAAGAUGUAUGUUCAAUUUUAAAAAUACACGGAAUCAUUAAAGAUGUAGUGCAAUUUGCUCGACGUCUCUCAUACGAUCUACUAGUUUGUAUAAAUGAAAUUUAUCUAUUUGAUACAUAUGCAUGUGCUCGGCUAUAAAAUGGUUUGCACACUUUUUGUCAAGUGAAGUUGCAGCGUUACUAUAAUUGCGAGUCAUUGUUAACAUGCAUUCAGCACAUUUUCACAUUAUCUUACUUGAUAAAAUAUAUAAAAAUUACUUAACACAGGAUAAUAUCACUUUAAAAUAUAUAUAGUCUUUUUGUAUUAAUUUUUUGUUAUAAUCAGCUCCUGUCGUAAAUGAUUACUGCGUAUGUACAUUAAUAGUGGCUCUAAAUUGUGAUAACUUAAAACGUUACAACUUCGAUAAA